CAAUCUAUACAUUUAGAGAACAAUGUUUAUUUUAAUAUGUACGUCUUCCUAGAAAUAUCGACAUAGACGUAAAUCAAAGCAACAAUUAAAAUUGAACAAUCUUACUUGUUAACAACGUGUAGACCAUUUUGCUUCAAAAUGUAUGGCAUGCUACUAGAAAGUGUUCAACAUUUUGUUCAGUUGGAAUAUGGUGAAGAAUUAUGGUUACGUGUGGUUCAACAUGCUGGAUGUCGCCAUACAGUUUUCAACACUCAUCAAGUGUAUCCAGAUACAUUAAUUACAGAUUUAGCUGCUGCAUGUGCUGAAAUUACUCAAUCAACGAAUGAUGCGUUCAUGCAAUUUUUUGGCAGAUGUUUCGUACGAUAUUUCAGUAAUUUUGGAUAUGAUGCAACAAUAAAAGCGACGGGUCGUUAUUUUACUGAUUUUCUACAAAGUGUGGAUAAUAUUCAUAUGCAAAUGCGUUUUACAUAUCCAAAAAUGCAGAGCCCAUCAAUGUAUUUAACGCAUGUUGAUGAAAAUGGUGUUGUUUUAGUUUAUCGUAGCACACGACAGGGUUUUACGUAUUACUUUAUGGGACAAUUGUUUCAAAUUGCUGUUGAAAUUUAUGGCUUUGAUGAUUUGGAUAUACAAAUGUUAGAGACUCAUAAUACGGCAUCUGGUUCGAAAAAUGUUCAAAUUAAAUUUCGAUUGAAUUUUGAUAAUCGUGAAUAUAUGGCAACACACAGUAAGAAGAAUAUAUUUAUGGAACGCUUGUCAUUACCACCCGUACCAGCUGAAUUACUGCUAGAAUUUUUUCCAUUUGGAAUGAUUAUAUCAAAAAAUAUGAAUUUACUUGGUGUCGGUGAAAAGUUAUUACAAGUUUGGGGUGAAACGCCUGCAAUUUUAGGUGACCCAGUUGCCAGACAUUUUAAGUUACGUCGACCCAAAGGAAUUCCGUUUACCUGGAAUAAUUUGAUUUAUUUGCAUUCGGUUAUUUUUGAAAUUGAAUUAAUACGAAAUUUAAUUAAAUCAGAAAUUGAUGAAUGUAUUGAUAGAACUACUGGUGAACGGAUUAAUGUCUCAAAUAGUUACGAGAAAAAGAGCGACAAAGAAGAUAGUGAUCCAGAAAUGCUCACAAUAAAACCACAACAACCAAAUUUAGCUGCAUCAUUAGAUAGACGCGGCAGUCAAGGAACACGGUGUAUCCUGUUACAAGGCCAAAUGCGUUAUAUUGAAGAUAUUAGUGCCAUUAUUUUUCUUUGCAGUCCUUUGAUUAAUAAUUUGGAUGAAUUACCAAAUAUGGGCUUAUAUUUAACUGAUUUAAAUCCGCAUGGUUUAAGUCGCGAAAUGGUUAUGCAAGGAUGGCAAAAUUGUUCACGUUUGGAAGUAAUGUACGAAAGAGCUGAACAACGUUCAAUUGAAUUAGAGAGAAAUUAUGAUUUAUUGGAAUCUUGGAAGAGACGGGGUGAUGAAUUAUUAUAUUCUAUGAUUCCGAAACCGGUUGCAGAUCGAUUACGUCAUGGACAAAAUCCAUUAAGUACAUGUGAGUCAUUUGAUUCCGUUUCGAUACUUUUCUGCGAAUUAGUAGGAUUUAAUUCAGAUACAAUACGUGAUGUAAUGGAUGUUGUAACCAGCAUGAAUUCUAUAUUCAGUUGUUUCGAUGCAUUAAUGGAUAAAUUUAACGUUUAUAAAGUAGAAACUGUUGGUCAAGUUUAUAUGGCAGUUAGUGGCGCACCAGAACCUACACCGGAUCAUGCUAGAAAUGUAAUUGAAGUGGCCUUAUGUCAAUUACGGGAUGUUAAAAAAUUGGAUUUACCCACAACGGUUCAUGUAGAAAUACGAAUUGGAAUUCAUACGGGUCCUGUAGUAGCUGGAGUUGUUGGUAUUAAAGUUCCACGGUACUGUUUCUUUGGAGAUACCGUAAAUACAGCAUCUAGAAUGCAAACCACUUCAGAGUCGGGUAAAAUCCAAGUAUCUAAUGUCACUCAUAAAAUGUUACCACCUGGUUUAUAUAACUCGAUACCACGGGGUAAAGUUUAUGUAAAAGGUAAAGGUGAUAUGGAUACAUUUUGGAUUUUAGGCAAAAAAGAAGAACUUGCAGUGGAAUCAACAAAAACUGGUAUUUGAAAUAGAGUAAAAUACACUUGGAAACAAUUAUUUAAAUUUAAAUUUUAAAUUAAUUUACUUUAUUUUCAUAGAGUUGGAAUUUUAUUUCACUUUUUGGCAAUUCUAUUUUCUGUGAAAAAAGUGACGUUUCAAAUUUGGCACAGUUGUUUAUUAUGCCGGUUUACCACUAAACAGACAAACAAAAAUAGCCAUUAGGUUUUAACAACUUCCGAAACAUCAUUUCACUUUAUUUUUUUGAUAAUUCAAGCUCGCGCGCGAAUUCUUUCCGAAAAAACACGUUUCAAAAAAUCAUAAAUCAUUUUGAAGGACGGGGAGGGGAGUUAACUUUCUGAUGAUGUUUUUUUAAAAUUCGUAAUCCAGGGACCCACCCCCAUGCGCACGGACUUGGCUUGAUUAUUCAUUUUUCAUAUCAAAAUUGUAAUUCGUGUACCAA